CCUCCUCAACUCACAAUAUCUCUGUUACGUCGUUACGUCAAGACGCUGUCCAACGUCGCUUUCAAAGCAGCCAAUCGCGCCGGGCGGCUCAAGGAAAGUCACGCAGUGCGCAUGUCCACGCUGCUGAAGGUUUUGAAAACAGCAGAACAAAUCCUCCGCUCUUUGACCCUCCGUCGGUCCGCGGCUUCGUACCGGAGAUGAACAGCGUCGGGGAGGCUUGCACCGACCUGAAGCGGGAGUACGACCAGUGCUUCAACCGCUGGUUCGCCGAGAAGUUCCUGAAGGGGGACCGGAGCGGCGAUCCGUGCACCGAGACGUUCCGCCGGUACCAGCGCUGCGUGCAGAAGGCCAUCAAGGAGAAGGACAUCCCGGUGGACGGGGUGGAGUUCAUGGGCCCCAACAAGGACAAGCCGGAGAGCUGAUGGAGGGGGAUCGAUCACCGAUAAUCAGAUCGAUGCCCACACCGACUGACCUACCGGGGUCCACGAGGCCCACUGAGCAUGCGCAGAAGCGGAUACGCUGCAGUAGUGGGAGGACGCAGUUUGAUUGAACUCGCAGAACUCUGAGCUUUUCUAAUAAAAUCUUCUGUUUGUGUCUUCAGUUGUUUAACACGAGGAAUGUGCAGGGCGGGAUGUAGCUCUGCGGAGGCCCCUGAGGCUGAAAGAGGCUGUUUGGGCCCCAGAAACUGAACCGUACUGCUGCAGGAGCCGAACGCUAGAGAACCCGGAAGUAGCCAACUGCGUCAUUUCCAUAUUAAAGGCCGCAGAGCAGCAGAAGAAGAAAAUAAAGAUUAAAAAAACAAACCGUGCUCCAAAUGUACACAUUCAACAAAUAAUUAUGUCUCUACUAAAAUCAACGUUUUGCAUUUUACGAAUGUUAAAUUAAAGGUGACCGAAGCUGGUCAGAGCAGGA